UUUGUGCAUAAAAGCAUAACUAUUCGGACGCAAACUAAGGUAACCACCGUGUCGGAUUAAUUUCAUUUCCGUUUUCGUCACCGAGUCAAACCAUAUUGACUGCAUAUCGGUUUACUUUUUUAACUUUAAACAUGUGAGUUUAGCGGAUUAUAUUUGGGAGAAAGAUUACCUUUCGGGAUCGCCAGAGACCUCAACGCUGUUUGCUACCCGAUUCAGCACAGCAUGUCAACUGGCACUCGCAAAACUCCGAGCGACACUUCGACCGAAGAAUAGCGAACUGUUUUCAAAACAUUUGGUCCCCAAAUCGAGGCGGGAACGUCGAGUUGUCACCGGAGCCCCGGCCGAUGUCCAUCAACCUGCCUGUCAACGCACACUAUGUUCCCCUUGGACUCGUCAUGGAACAUUUCUUUCGCAGGUUGCGGAUUCCUGGGCAUCUAUCAUGUCGGCGUCGCCAGCUGCCUGUUGGAGCAGGCGCCUUUCCUUGUGCACAACGCCAAACACAUUUAUGGGGCUUCAGCCGGCGCGCUCACCGCCACCGCGCUGGUCACCGGCGUGUGCCUUGGAGAGGCUGGUGCCAGUAUCAUUGAGGUCGCCAAGGAAGCCAGAAAGCGUUUCCUCGGCCCCAUGCAUCCUUCCUUCAACCUGGUGAAGAUCGUGCGCUUCAUGUUGCAGCGCACUCUGCCCGCUGAUUCUCACCAAAUCGCCAACGGGAGGCUGGGAAUCUCUCUGACCAGAGUAACAGAUGGAGAAAAUGUGGUUGUAUCUCACUUCAACAACAAGGAGGAGAUUGUGCAGGCAUGUGUUUGCAGUGCCUACAUCCCCGUGUAUUGUGGCAUUAUUCCUCCCACACUGCAAGGAGUGCGAUACGUUGAUGGGGGAAUCUCUGACAACUUGCCUCAUUACGAGCUGAAAAACACAAUCACGGUCUCCCCGUUCUCUGGUGAGAGCGAUAUUUGCCCCCGAGACACCUCCACCAACAUACAUGAGCUGCGCUUCACCAACACCAGCAUCCAGUUCACCCUCACCAACCUUUACAGAAUUUCCCGGGCACUUUUCCCACCAGAUCCAAUGGUAAUGAAAGCCAUGUGUAAACAGGGAUAUAAUGACGCUCUGCACUUCCUGAAGAAAAAUGGAUUGCUCAAUUUCAGCGACCCCCACAUUGACAGAGCCCUCCAGGGAAACAGAGAAAAACACGAGGAUCAAGUUGACUAUGUUCAUACUGAUGCCAAAGGUGUUGGAGAGGAUGAAAAGAUGCAUAUGGUCGAUGGACCAUUGACUGUUCAUCCCUCAAUAGAGGAACACAUCAUUGUACGCCUUCCACCCACUCUGCACAAAGCCCUGAUUGAGGCCUGCACAGAGCGAAGGAGCCUGGUGCAGUCGCUUAGCAACCUGCUUCCUUUCAGGAUGGCAUCUGCCAUGAUGCUCCCCUACACUCUCCCUCUUGAGUCCGCUCUGUCUUUGACUCUCAGACUUUUAGAGUGGUUGCCAGAUGUGCAGGAGGAUGUCGGGUGGAUUCAGGAGCAGUUGGUGAAAGUCCUCCAGCAUGUGCUGCGCCAGGCCUCCAAAAGCAUUACGCAGCAUUUUUCUGCCCGAUUCUCCUGUCAACUGGAGCUGCACCACUACCAGUCCCUCCCAUCCCAGAUCCGUUCCACCAGUCUGUAUGCCACAUGGGUGGGCAGCGGCACUCUUUCGGUCCAGGACAUUUUUACGCGUUUAGACCAGUACAAGCGACAACUGCUAUCCGGGACCUUUUGCGUCAACAUGGAUCUGGAAGGAUCCUUCCAAACGGGGUCGAUGUCGGUGGACAAAAGCUCUGCUUCCUUCCUCCCUGCAGAAGGCUUCCCAACGCACACAGGUGGUCUUAGUGACUCCAAAGAUGCCAUGCGUCACUUUGAUUCAGACCUGCCACUUAUAAAUCCAGGUGCACAUCAAACAAAUUACUAUCAGUUUUGAAUAUCUGUUUAAAAAAAUAAAAAAAAGCAGAUAGUUAGUUUGCCCCUCUGAGCUUUUAUUGUGAUGAUUCCAAAUGGUAACGGUGUACCCAUGCAGCCAUUUAUGUGUGUUGUAUUCGAUUCAAAUAAGCCCUUCGCUACAAAGUGCCCACACUCGCUCCGUGCUGAUGUGCAUCUGAAGGUCCAAGGUAUGUUUAUGUGUAGUCAGAUACAAACUUGAAUCCUAAGGUACUGUAAACUAAAAUGCACUCUUUGGAAGUGACGUGGUGGAAGGAAGUGAGCGUUUGUUUUCCCGGAAAGUGGUUGGAGUUUAGGGUUGGAGUUUGGCCUUUUGCUUGCAGUGUGUAGCAUCGUCCCUUGCUAUGUUUGGUGCUGUUUUGAAACUGCAGGAAGGAAACAGUGAAGCCACCACUCGGCCUUUCGCAGGAAGUUACACCAUACAUUUUAAGCAACUGUCAAUGCAGCAAUAUGAAUUCAAUACGCAGUGUUUUUGGUUCAGGUGCAUAUGUCCUGCGUGUGAAUGAAUGUUGAUUGAUGCACCCGUAUACUCUGUACACCUGCCGUGUUUUUAGCCAUGAUCUUACUUGACAACCGUGUACCGCUGUUAGAAACAUGAUGUAGUUAAUACAUGUUGUGCUUUUAGUUGUAUUCUAAAGGUCUGUUUACCUCAGGUUAUACCAUGUGACCUGAUUUCUACCUGAUUAUAAUCAACCAAAGAAUCAUCUUAUUAUAAACAGGACUUCAUCAUUGAAUUUAUUUUGUGAUAGUUAAUAUACCUACUGUACAUUGUCUUGGACUUUUACUUUGCAUUGUGAGAAACUGUGUUACUUUGCCUCAACUUUAUUCAACCGUAUUUAAUGUGUCAUUAAACUGAUAGAGUAGAAAACAUUUUGUGACACACAAAUAAACUGGUGUUGUUUACCACAGA